AAAUGGCAGGAGGGUUUUGCCGAAUUGCCAGAGCUGAUUAACAGUUUGCUCCUACUACUUUGGACUUUGGAUCUUCUCGCCGGCUCCAAGAAUUGCCGAUUGCAAAACCCAAAUUGCCACUGCAAUGGAAGCCUCAAACACUUGUGAUACAGGUUCUGAUCUGAAACCCGAGGUCAUAUAUCGCUGCAAGAAAUGCCGGAGAAUUGUUGCUUCAGCAGAUCAAGUUGUGGCUCAUCAGCGCGGAGGUGGACAAAAAUGUUUUAAGUGGAAAAAGAGGAGUGAUGGUGAUGAUGAUGCUGAACCCGAAUGCUCGUCUAUUUUCGUGGAACCCAUGAAGUGGAUGCAAACAUUGGAAGAAGGUUGCGUGCAGGAUAAGCUUCAGUGCGUGGGCUGCAAAGCGCGUCUGGGCUACUUCAACUGGGCAGGCAUGCAAUGCAACUGUGGAGCAUGGGUUAACCCCGCCUUUCAGCUGCACAAAAGUCGCCUAGAUGAAUGCCGCCCUUGAGUAAACACGUUUUUAUUGCAUAAACCUAGAGUAAUACAUUGUAGUAGAGUAGUAUGUAAAUCAGUUUUGAAAUUUUCAUGUUUCUUAAAACUCUUGGAGUAUCAAUGAUUCCCAAUAGAUCUCUGUCUAGUUGUAAUACAAGAUUCUGAGUAUAAAAUUUCCAGUCAGUUGUUCCAUGUUGCCCA